GGCGCGGAGUCCCCGGGUCCUGUUCCUUACGGCACUCACAGGCAACCCAAGAGCCCUUCUCCCCGCAGCCUGCUGACUCUUUACAAGGAUUCGGACCCCCUUUGUCCUCGCCGGGAGCUUCGAAGGAGCUCGAGAUGCUCGCGCGUCUCUUGGGCACGCCGCAGUACCCCAGGGUCCCAGGGUAACACUGGGAAGGCUCGAGUCACAGCCACGCGUCACCGGUCCCAAGUUUGGUGACUUGGAGAGUGAGAAAAAGAAGGGAAGCACAUGCCUGCUCUGCAGACAGUGCUCCAAAUGGGGAAACCGCGGGGCAAGGGGGGUGUCAUGUGCGCUACUUUCUGUGGAGGCUUGUGAGUGUGCACGGUUCCUCUGCGUGUAUGAAGACGACCCUCGCUGGGCAUCAGCGACUUUGGCAAGAGCUUGUGUGCAUCGGGCUGCGAUGAAAGGCGAGAAAAAGCCACUGGUAACACGUCUGUGGUUUCAGCUGUUUAGCUUCCUUCCAGCCCCUGGCACGCUGGUAUGGCAUCAGCUUCAGGUGUCUGGGGUUGGUCGCUUGGGAGUUCGGUUAAUGGUCAGCCCAUCUUGUGAAAGGUUGCGGUGCGACGCUGGCGGAGCCACCAGCAGGUUUUCACCAGCCAUAUUUUUAUAUCUGACUAGCAUUGUUCCAUCAUUAUGGCUUCUUGAAACGCACCAUGAGACCCAGAAUUGCAUUAGCCAAUCUGAAGGAAUGUCACAGAAUACCAGCAGCAAACAAGACUUCAAUCAAACUCUGAUAUCAAGUGAACAAAGCCAUGGAAGGGGUGAUCUCAUUGAGAUGGCCAGAGUUUUUGUAAAUAAUUUAUCUACAUCAUGUGAAAAAAGUUGGACUUUGGGACUCCAUCAGACAUUCUUGUUGAUGCUAAUAAUUGGAAGAUGGCUUCUACCUAUUGGAGGCACGAUCACUCGGGACCAACUCUCUGAACUUCUCCUUAUGUUUGUGGGGACAGCUGCUGACAUACUGGAAUUCACAAGUGAGACUUUGGGAGAAAAAAAUGUGAGGAAUAACCCUACCCUAGUCUGUGCCAUCCUUUUUGUAUGGACUUGGAGCAUGUUGCAGUUCCCACUGGACCUGGCAGUACAGCAGGUCGCGUGUCCUGCAUCUGUGACGGCGAGGGGGUUCCCCAGCCUAUUCUUCUGCCAAUACAGUGCCGCUCUGUGGAACAUUGGAAUCAGUGUCUUCAUACAAGACGGCCCCUUCCUUGCCCUGCGUCUCAUACUGAUGAUCUAUUUCAAAGUGAUCAACCAGAUGCUGGUGUUCUUUGCUGUCAAGAAUUUCCUUGUGGUGACGUUACACCUCUACCGCUUGGUUGUGUUGGCGAUGGAUGUCCGUACCUCCUUGCAGCGUCAGCGAGAAGUCCUCAGAGGAGAGCACAGCCGCCCAGCUGAAUCAGCUGUAAGUGGGGUCUCAGCUGAGGCCUGGAAGAGUGGUUCUAAGGAGGGCCUGGCGAUGCCUUUGCGGGCCUCACCAGUCACCUCUGGUGACUCUCACCCCAUACCCAUGCCAUAGGUAUUUAUUGUCAACAGCAUGCAACUAGAACAUUUGUUUUUUGUUGUUCCUAUAAACAUAAUCUCCCUCGCUCUCUCUCUUUUGAAACAUUAGCAUAUAAUAAUUUACAAAAAGAACAACAUAAAAAGUGGUCUUAAACCUGUCAGAAUAUAUAAAUGGAGCCCCUCUACAAUGGAGUCGGCGAUGCCAUGCCAGAAGAGCUGCCGUGCCGGUCUUAUGCCUCAAACCUUUGGAAUGUUAAAACAGGGCAAACUAACCUUUGGACUGGACCUAAAGCAGCUGUGUCCCAAACAACUGUUUGCAAGCAUGACAAGAAAGCAGAUGUUAUGACUACUAGACUGAUGGCCACCGGAUUGAAAAUUAAAAACAUUGGUUAGAAUUAGCAUCACUGUGUUAUGUUAUCUGCAGCAAUAGAAAUGCCUUCCUUCUAUUGAUGGAAUGGUUCCCCUUCCCUUUCUCAUACCCUAUGCCUUUGUCUCCUAAUCAGAGCACUAUGUGGGUUUCCACCGGAAUCAGUGCAUUCCAAAGAGCUAUUAUUAUUGAUCUCAAAUAAAUGCACUUUGCUGCUCACUUUGAAAGGUUAUCAAACCAAAGCUGAGGAAUUCUCUUCUUCUUUUUUUUUUUUAACUGAAUGGAAAGAACUUUGAUUAGUGGCUAUUGCUACAAAUGUUGUGUGAUGGUAUCAAAUGCUACAGAUGUUCAACCACUAAGUGAUUUGUUUGUCUUGAACUGUUUGAAAAGCUAUGGACUGGGUUACAAUGACAUGGCCUCAAGAGAUUUAGUGCAGACAUGGCUGUUACCUGAAAACAGAGAAGCUUUGAACUUUGGGUCUAUUGUCAGACUCUCGCAUCUGAUCUUUUCUGCAAUGUCCCUCUCACAGAAAAUAAUGUACAUUCAGUGAAUGCAGGACAAAUAAAGGGGUAUGUGCCUUUAAAAUUACCUCACUGUGGGUUACAAGAAGUGAUAACCGCUGCCCAGCUUCCAUAGCAUUGGGAGGCCUCUUCAUGGCUGCACAGACCUUCCCAGGAAAAUCAUUUUUCUGGGCUGGUGUGGUAUUCUGUCAUGGCGCAUAUGCUCUUACAGAAAUUUUACUGCUUUUGGCUAGGGCGCUGCAAAAUUCACAGCAAGCCAUUUCAGUUACAGAUCUACUGGUUGCAAGGCAGGAAAUACUGGUAAUACUAACAAAGUCACAAUUUCCACUCUGAACAUGAUUUGCGGUAUUUGUCAGUAUUUUUCUUACCUCCACUUCACCAUCCUCUACAAUGCCAUGGCAAUCACCAUAGCUCCUCUGAACAUCCAUACUGUAGACGGCCUUUGGUUUCAGCGAUGAUAUUGGUGGUGGAGGCUUGCAUCAAUCAGUUCCCUACACACAGCUAUCUGUCCUUGAUCAGUGAUGGGGGUUAGAGUAUGGCAUAACAUUGUCAAAUCUGGAAAUUUGCUUUUCUUCCCUGCAAUUAAGAAUGCAUGUCUCCAGGAUUGAAAUAGUCAUACUUUUCCUUUAUACACCACUGUACUUUCCAGAUAAAGGUGAUUCAGAACCUUUAAAAUGAUUUUGCUUUUAAAGAUAUAGUGUGAAAAUUUACCUGGCUAUAUCACAGUAUUUAUAUGAGGCAAACAGUCCAAAACUGUUCUUUCAGGGUUCUGAGCAUAGUUACUCCCUGUUAUUAUGCUCAGGAACUCAAAGGGACAUUAAAGAGAAGGCAGGGUAUGACCUUAAAUAGGAUGUGACUUAUUGACAACUAAUUGGGAAAAUUUUAUCCAUAAGCCUGUGUGACAUGAUACCUGUUCAAAAUAUUUGAUAAAAAGUUUCAUAGGUAAAUUCUGUUAUUAUACGGAAAAAUUCAUAAUUUCCAGUGAAUGCCUUCUUCAGUGCCUGCUAUCAUGUGUUUCCAUUUCUUUCUUUUCUUCCUUGUGUUUAUAAUUUUAACAAUAUGAUAAUUGGAAAAUUACACAUGAAACUAAUGGAAUGCAUUUAUAAUUUUCCAUAAUAAUUUUAUGAAAGAUCAGAAAAUUAUAUAAGUAAAAAAAAAACUUGACAACUUUUAA